CUUUUUUUCUUCGCUGCCUCUGCCUCUUUUACUUGAAGGCGUCUCGUCCUCCGAUUCUUUCUUCCAACCACCAAUCCACGUAACACUCUCCACAUAUCAGAAACAUGGCUGGAUCUCGUUCGACCAGAACCUCUCGCACCAAGACACGACGCUCCAACAUGUCUUCUCAAAACUCAAGCAUCAAGACUUGGGCACGUCAUCAGAAGCCUGUUGCUGCCCGCCUGACCAAGGACAAGGAGCAGACCAAGGCAAUUCCUCAGGCUGUUCCUACUGUCUCGGCAUCUCCUUACUACCACUCUGCUCUGAUUCAAGCACAACUCACAAAGACUCAUCAACAAUCCCGUCUUGCUGCUUCUCCCAACCCCACAAAGCCUACUGGCUCGUCCUCUGAUUCCUUCCGCUUCCUUGAGCUUCCUGCUGAGAUUCGUCUCAUGAUCUAUGGAUACGCAGUGACUGAGUCGGAACCUCUCUACAUCGACACAUUGGCUGCCCCUCCGGCAAUCACUCGCGUAUGCCGCCAAACUCGCCAGGAGGCACUGCCCGUCUUCCUCGGCAGCAACUCUUUCAUCUCUCUCUUCAGCUCUGUGCCUGGCAUCGAUGCCACCUGCCCUGAACCCUGCUGCCUUACCAAGUACACCACCUCCUUCUCGCCUGCUGCUGAGUCAUGGCUUUGCACUCUUCCUCCUUCGCAACCCCUCAUCCGCGACAUGAGCUUUACUCUUCAGCCUUCUGCGUGGGACUCAGAGUGUGAGAUCUCCGCAGACUUCCGCAUGCUUGAUGGAAAACUUGCUCACGGUCCUGACUGCCCUUUCUGCGUCAACGGCUCAUAUGGCAACGUCACUCCUCUUUCUCUCUCCCACCCUGCUGUUCCUGAAAGCCUCAAGCUUUUGAUGAGUCACGCUCAACAGAUUCACGAUGCUGAGCUCGACGCUGUCAACACUGUCCUACAGUUUGGCAAGGGUCUCAGCCUCUACGACAUCGUCGCUUUCACAAAGGCCUUCACGGGCCCCAGCGAAGUCAUCACAGCCAGACAAUGCGAUCAACAACGCCUCGUCGAGCACUUCAAGGAGUCACUCGAGGAAUGGGACGCCGCGAAGGGCGAUGUCCGCUACGAGAUCCAAGAAGAUCUUAGACGUACUUCUGACGACCUCUGGUCCGAGAAGGAGAAGUGGUGUGGUUCCAUGUAAAUACUUCCUUUGUUUCUUCCUUCCUGCAUAUUGUUUCCUGUAUGGCGCUGGAUGGAGUUCGUGGCAUUGAACUGUUGGAUUGAUUUUUUUGGACAAUGGCUUACGAUCAAGAUGAUGAUGAUGACUACGAAACUACCUUCUUGUCGAUAUUAGACACAUUUUACGAACAAAUUUUCUACCAAAC